GAGGUGUGUCCCGGCUUUGCCGAUCUGAGGGUUGCCAGGGCCCCAUCUAAUUUGAAUAAAAUGAAUGCGAACAGCAUUGGCAAUUACAGUCCUUCCUGUUUGAGGUCCCUAGUUUACAAAAUGUUUAAUGAUUAACAUCAUCUUUUGCAAACGCCCGCCAGCACUGCGUGGCUAACAGCGCAGGUGGUUUGGGUGUAAACUUUCUGAACAGCCUCUUUCACCUGGGAGGAGGAGUAGAGUCUGGGCUUCUGUGCCAGCAGAAUACUAAGUGCGUGGGGCAGUGUCCUACAACGGGCUCUGGCAGGGCCCGAACAGGGCGAAGGCUUGAAAGUGUGGCAUCGUCCUGGGCGCCCUGCUGCUGGUCUUCUGUGCUUGGAUGACUCAUCAGUCCUGCAUGUUCCUGGUGAAAUCGGCCAAUCUUGGCAAGCGCAGAACCUACCCGGGACUGGCUCUGGGAGAGGUGCCACCACGAGCAGCCAGAGGAGGGCCGGCACUGAGAAGGAAAGGCAUCCUCAGCCCAAAUGAAAGCAGCGCUCCUCCAGUGCAUCCUAAUACAUCAAGGUUGAGCGGCUCUACACAGACGGCCUUUGUCGCCAUCCGCGGGUACAUCUGCGAGGGAGCCUGGCAGCCCCUGCAGCUGAUUCUGUGGGAGGCUUUGGCACCGCGGAAAGAUGCAAGAAAGUUUUGCCAAUGAACUUUGAGUGGCCAGGUUCUUCCGGAGGAACGUUCAGAGCGAUGGAUGCAGCAACAAAAGAGCCAGGGCUGGGAUAGGCCCAUGUCUAGAGGCGGGAUGUUUGGUUUCCUUCAUUUUCAAACUAAGGAGAUUCCAAGGAAACAGGAGAUGCUGGAGGUUAUGGAAGGCACUUCCAGAGAUGAGCCCACUGCAUUGGCUACCACCAGGAAUGUAUACUGCACGGCCACAUCUAGAGAACCAGCAGGGAAAACCAUGCUGCUCUUUGCUUGAUUUGACCAGUGUUAACUACAGAGGAGCAACGGGAAUACAAUGUGGCCUGUGUCAGAACUGGAGCAUUUCACGCCUAUGGAAAAGCGGGGAAGAUGCUAGUGGAGACCAGCAUGAUUGGGCUCAUGCUGGGAACCUGCAUUGCUUUCUAUGUCGUCAUUGGGGAUUUGGGAUCCAACUUCUUUGCCCAGUUGCUUGGCCUUCAGGUAACUGGCAGCUUCCGGAUAGUCCUGCUCUUUGUCGUCUCCUUGUGUAUCGUGCUGCCAUUGAGCCUACAGAGGAACAUGAUGGCUUCCAUACAGUCGUUCAGCGCCAUGGCACUGAUCUUCUACACGGUGUUCAUGUUUGUGAUUGUGCUCUCAUCUUUCAAGCACGGCCUCUUCAGCGGGCAGUGGCUGAAGCGGGUCAGUUAUGCGCGCUGGGAGGGCAUUUUUCGCUGCAUUCCCAUCUUUGGCAUGUCCUUUGCCUGUCAGUCGUCUUGCCUACCUACGACAGCUUGGAUGAACCGUCCGUUAAAAUAAUGAGCUCCAUAUUUGCCUCCUCUCUAAAUGUGGUCACCAUCUUCUAUGUGAUGGUUGGCUUCUUUGGCUAUGUGAGCUAUACUGAGGCUAUCGCUGGGAACGUGCUGAUGAACUUUCCAUCCAACCUGGUGACGGAGAUGAUCCGUGUGGGGUUCAUGAUGUCGGUGGCCGUGGGGUUUCCCAUGAUGAUCCUGCCCUGCCGACAGGCUCUGAACACCCUCCUUUUUGAGCAGCAGCAAAAAGAUGGCACGUUUGCGGCUGGGGGCUACAUGCCACCCCUCCGGUUCAAAGCCCUCACACUGGCUGUGGUGUUUGGCACCAUGGUGGGAGGCAUCAUGAUACCAAAUGUGGAGACCAUUUUGGGCCUAACAGGUGCAACAAUGGGAAGCCUCAUCUGCUUCAUCUGCCCGGCUCUAAUUUAUAAGAAAAUCCACAAGAAUGCCCUUUGCUCACAGGUUAUACUGUGGAUUGGCUUGGGAAUCCUGGUUAUUAGCACGUACACCACCUUGUCGGCAACAGAGGACCCCCCGGGAAAGAUGGAGGCGCUGGAGCCAGCUGAUCUGGACAAGGGACUUGAUAACAUCAUUGCUGCCAAAAUAGCAGACCAGGACCCGGUGGCAGAGGGGGCAGAGGAUGAUCGCAAUAAACCCAAGCUGCCGGAUGAGAAGGACGAGAUGGAGCAGCCACAGAUCAAAGUGCCCAUGGAAGUGCCCGAGAGGAAUGAGGCGAGAGAGAAGCAGGAGGAGAAAGUGCAGCUUGACCGGCCUGAUCAAGGGAUCGCUCUUCCCAUGGGGGAGGCCCACCGCCAUGAGCCGCCUGUGCCCCACGAUGAGGUGGUGGUUGACGAGCGGCGGGAGCGGGAGGACUCGGAGGAGAACAAAGUUCCCCGGGAAGGAGCCCAGGAGAACCUGCUGCAGCCGGCUGCGGGCAAGGAGCUGGCUAGACCCGCGCAGCUGGAUCCUGAGAAACAGGAGCUGCACCCAGACCAGGGUGGGGCCCCGAAGCAGCCCCGGGGUAAGUUAGACAGCCCUGUCGAGGACGUGGGGGAUGCCCCAGAGAUGCAGGCCCCGCAGCAGAACGGCCACCCGCCCUAUAAAGACCUGGAGCCACGUGAGGCCAAAGUGCCAGCUGCUGCCCAGCCAAGGGAUGGAGAGCCCGCGGAGGCUGCGGGAGGUGAUGGUCUGAAGCCCCAACCACCUGGGAACGAGGAGGUGGUCGUGAAGCCCGCGGAGAAGGAGGCUGAUCCAGGGGAAAGGCAGGAGUUGCCCCCACCAGGCAGGCCGGACCCAGCGCUGGCGCAGCUACCCGAGCAACAUGAGAGCCACAACGCUGAGGAGCAGCACCCGGAGGGCGCUGGCAGCAAGGUGGAGGACGCAGAGAAGGACAAGCUGCUGGACCAUGCCGUGCUGCUGCAGGUGAUCAAGGAGCAGCAGGUGCAGCAGAAGCAGCUGCUGGACCAGCAGGCCAAACUGCUGGCUGUGAUUGAAGAGCAGCACAAGGAGAUCCACCAGCAGAGGCAGGAGGAGGGGGGCGAGGAGAGGCCGAAGCAAGCAGACGUGCAGGCUGAGCUCGACGCAGGCCCCGCACAGAGCAAAGAGGAAGCAGGCCAAGAUCUUCAAGAAGAUGCUGCUGCCAAGCACAUCCCCAAAGAGGUGCAGAGCCAGCUCCAGCCUGGGCCUGACAGCCCAGCCCUGAACCUGGUAGAGCAGCGCAGAGGGAACGAGGAGAAGCAGGAAGAGGCUGGGCAUGGGCAUGGACAUGAAAUCCCUGGAGUGCUACUAAAGGACGGGAAAGUCCCGCUGCACGAGGCAGUCCAGGCUGGGAAGAGCUCCAUGGAAAAGGCUGGAGAGCCUCUGCCUGCCGCCCAGGCAGUAGGGAACCCUCCUGAGCAGGCAGCCGUGGCCAGGGAGCCAGGGAGAGGCCAUGAAGCUAAAGCUGCUGGCAAGCUGCAGGAGAAGAGGGAUCAUGUGCCGAAAGCUGCUGUGGUGGCCGGGCCUGCUGGCAACCCCCAGCGAGAGCCACCGAGGGCACCCAGGAUUCAGGAAGCGGCAGGCCAGAGUCCGGGAAGAGACCCUGGAGCAGAGCGGAAAGGCAAAGCAGUGAAUGGCGCAGAGCCCCGGGACCUAGGCUCCCCUCUUGAUGCCGCAAAGAACCUGCGUGUGGAGAACAUGCAGCACAAGGUGGAGCCCCUGCAGGCUGCUGACGCCGAUGGGGGCAAUCGGGCGGGCCAGCUGAGAGACCAGGCCAAGCUGCAAAGUGUCCAAGAGAAAGACAGAGAUGUGGCCCAGGAGGCUCAGGGAAAGCCAAGGCAUGUGGAUGACAAGCUUGAGGAGCACGGGAAGCAGCAGAGCUCCAAACACGAGGCUGCCCUGAAGCCUGAGAAGGGGGCGGCCACCAGCAGGGACGAGCAAGUGGAGCGUGACCGUGGCAAGCCCAACCGGGACCUGAAGCUGCAGGCGGACUUGGACCUGCGGCGCCGGCGCCGGGACCUGGAGGAGGAGGAGGAGGGGGCAGGUGCGGCGGCGGGAGGUGGCAUCCUCAUUGGCCUCCACCCUGUCCCCGACGUGAAAGUGAACGACCUGCGUGGUGCGCUGGAGACGCAGCUGCACCAGGCAGCGGGAGGCGCCCAGCCGGUCAUCCACAGCCGGCAGAUCAAGCAGGUGCCUGCAGCCGAGGAGGACGGGUGACGGGCAGGCCGUGCUCCGGGGGUGCCGCGGGUGGCCAGUGCUGAGGGGUUGGGUUAGCCAGGGACCACUUGGCUGUGACUAAGGGGCUGAUUCACUUCACGUGGCCUUGGCCUUUGGGCUCUGACCUGCGGGAACUCUCCCUGGAGCUGCCCAGCCAGGUUUAACAUUCCUGCCCGAGUGUGUUGUGGGGGAUGACAAGAUUGAGAUCAUCAGUGACCCUGAAAGAAAAGCUCCCACCGUCCUCUGGCUUUCAGAGGUCACCUGCCAGCUCAGGAGUCCAACCCCCCUACCUCCCUGGCACACACUUUCCAAGGACCUCUGUUUGCUUCGUGCCCGUUGAAUUGCCUUAGCCCUCCUGUGCCGACCUCUCUCUCCAGGACCGAGGUCCCUGCCACGCUGUCCAAAGCGUCUCUGCAGACCCAGAUCUCGGGGGAUGCUGUGGAGAGCAGACCAGCCCAGGCAGAGGGUGUGGUGGGCUCGGAGGCCUGUUGCUCUAAAGCACGUGUGCAUGCGUCCACUGGCCUCGUAUGCCUGGGGGGGGGGGGGAGUCCUGCUUU